AUGAAGUUCGCACUCGCCGCAUCUUUCUUCGCUGCUAUUGUUGUCGUGCCGGUCACGGCCGGAGAGUGCGGCACGUUUGGAACCGACUUUGGAGCUUGUUUGAACUGGUGCUCUGAUACCAACCCCGGUGCCGAACGAUACAUUAUCGACGGAUGUUAUCGGGCUGUUUGCUCAAGCUGUAGACCUGCGAAGGAGCGAUCACUCGAGGCACGAGUCUUCCAGGCGUGA